UGUAUAAAAGGUGUGCUCACAGGUGUCUUUGGAUGACCGUUAUGAAGACGCUGUGGAUUUUGGUUUCUGCUGCCCUGUUCCUGGGGUCCGCCUCUGCUGCCACUCUUGGAGUGGUGUACACUGAGGGAGGCAUGGUGCAGGGGAAGAACAUCAAUUCUGAUGGACUGUUUCACACCAUGGACGUCUUCAAAGGAAUCCCCUUCGCUGACAAGCCCGGCAAGUUUGAGAAGCCCAAGCGUCACCCUGGAUGGGAUGGUGUURUCAAGGCCACUAAGUUCAAGCCGAGGUGUAUGCAGCUGAACUUGCUCCAGUCUGACACCCGUGGCCAAGAGGACUGCCUAUACCUGAACAUAUGGGUCCCUCAGGGCAGCAGCGUCUCCACUGGUCUGCCAGUAAUGGUGUGGCUCUAUGGAGGUGGUUUCCAGGUUGGUGGCUCUAUGGGCGCUAACUUCCUGGAUAACUAUCUGUAUGACGGGGAGGAGAUUGCUAACAGAGGCAACGUAAUCGUGGUGACCCUGGGUUACCGUGUGGGCACCCUGGGCUUCCUCAGCUCUGGAGAUGCCAGCGGACCUGGUAACUAUGGUUUGUGGGACCAGCACGCUGCCAUUGCUUGGGUAAACAGGAACAUCCGUGCCUUCGGAGGAGACCCCAACAACCUCACCAUCUUCGGAGAGUCUGCCGGCGCUGUUAGCUCCAGCUUUCAGACACUCUCUCCCCAUAACAAAGGGCUGAUCCGCAGGGCAAUCUCCCAGAGUGGUGUUGCUCUCUGCCCCUGGGCUAUCAACAGGAACCCCCGUGCCUUUGCAGAGAACGUUGCUGAGAAGGUGGGCUGCUCCAAGGAUGAUCAGAUGAUGGCCUGCCUGAAACUUAUUGARGCUAAGGUUCUCACUCUGGCCGGUUCCACGUCCCUGAGUGGUUCUCCCUCCACCCCCAUGGUAGACAACCUGGUCCUCUCCCCUGUGAUCGAUGGYGACUUCCUGCCUGAUCACCCAGGUAACCUGUUCCACAACGCCGCUGACAUUGACUACCUCGCCGGGGUCAACAGCAUGGAUGCCCACCUCUUCACUGGCCAGGACAUCCCCAAUAUCAACAAUCCAAGCGCAAACGUCCCUGUGUCAGACGUGAAACUGCUCUUGAGUUCUUUGACUAAAAAGGGAGAGGCCGCUACAAACAACGCUUUCGCAGAGUACACGGCUGACUGGGGAGAUGAGCCAAGCCAGAAGACAAUCAAGAAGACCGUUGUUAUGAUCGAAACUGACUACAUCUUCCUGGUUCCUACCCAGGUUGCUCUCUACCUGCACGCCUCUAAUGCCSAAUCUGCACGCACCUACUCCUACCUCUUUUCGGAGCCCAGCCGCAUGGCUGGGAUAGUCCAACCUUACCCCAGCUGGAUGGAGGCUGACCAUGCUGAUGACCUGCAGUAUGUGUUCGGCAAGCCCUUCACCACGCCCCUGGCAUACUGGCCCAGCCACCGUGACGUCUCCAGAUACUUGAUUGCCUACUGGACCAACUUCGCCAGGACCGGAGACCCUAACAACGGAGAGUCGAAGGUGCCUGUGACCUGGCCUGCAUACACCACCUCUGGGCAAAAAUACCUGGAGAUCAAUGCACACAUGAACAAGAACUACGUCCAUGAGAAGAUGAGGGUGCGCUUUGUGAACUGGUGGUCUAACAUCUUUCCCAGCCUGCCCUCCGUCUGAGGAAGCUCUCACUGAGCACAGGCUCCCUGAUGCAUCAUUCACAGAUAUACAGAUUGGUCUUGUCAUGUCACAAAUGCAAGGCUACCAGUAUCACCAGAUGCAUUUCUGAUUGUAAUUUUUUUUUUCUUCAUUGACAAAUUAAAUUAAUGCAAUUAAGAAGUUUA